GUUAAAAGACCCAACCGGAGUAAAAGGCACCGCAGAGAACUGGGUAUUCUAGAAAUGACCGUUGUUUGAAAGCCAAAAAUUCAAAUUCACAAACGACCGUUACCCAAAUCUUUUCACUUUCCUUUUUAUUCUUGAAAAGCAUUUUCACCUCCAAUUUCAUCAUCUUAUAUCAGUCAUCUCAUCCAAUCCUUCUCUUCCUCUCACUUCAAAAACUCUCUCUAAAAGGUCGAAACUUUCGAAUCAUCGAAGAAAAUUUCAGAAAAAAUGGCACUGAGGCCUCUUGAUAACACGCUGCCAAUCACUGCCGAAAGGCCUAAAAAGCAAGCGAAGAUCGCAAUCUCAGCUCAGAAGGAGAAGCAGCAGCCCGAUCAUGGCGUCAACGAUGAAAAUAUGGUUCCGCUGCCGGUGUCGACGGAUGUAUCCAUCGACUACAUUUCCUCUGAAAAUCUCAAGCCCUUUCAAGACCCUAAUUCCAAAAUUGAGGGUUUGAUUGGAGGGUUGGAGUCAAAAGAUUGGUUGAAGGUGUGUGAGUCACUCAAUGAUGUUAGGCGAUUCGCGCUUUAUCACUCUGCUCUUCUGCAGCCAAUUCUGGAAAAAGUGGUGCUAGUGAUGGUGAAAGCAAUCAAGAAUCCAAGAAGUGCACUGUGCAAGACUUCAAUCAUGGCUGCUGCUGAUAUUUUCAAUGCCUUUGGUGAAACCCUACUUGAAUCUGCUCCUGAUGCUUUUAGCCAAUUGUUGUUGCAGCUGCUACUGAAAGCUUCACAAGACAAGAAAUUUGUGUGUGAAGAAGCAGACAAGGCACUAUUGGCUAUGGCAAAGUCCAUGGCUCCUCUCUCUCUCCUCCAUAAGCUCGGUGCAUACGUCGGGCACAUGAACCUCAGAGUCAGGGCAAAGGCCGCGAUUUCUAUCUCCAACUGCGUCUCAAACAUGGAUCUGAAAAGCAUGGAGGGGUUUGGCUUAGCGGCAUUGAUUCAGAUCGCAUCGAAGCUGUUGAAUGACAAGCUCCCUGAGGCAAGAGAAGCAGCUAGAGGAAUUGUGGUCUCACUGUAUGGAGCAAUGACAGAAGGUGAAGAAGAGAAGCAGGAGUUUUGGCAAAGCUUUUGCCACUCUAAUCUGCCUGCUAUUCAUGCACAAGCUAUGGUCAAACUUGUUUCUUCUUAGUAUAGUGAUUAUGAAUUAUGAUCAAGUAGAUUCAGGUCUUUAGUUUCAAGAGUUUUCUUUUAGCUGUGACAGGAUAAGAUUUGCUUCAUGUAAAGAUCAUUUUUACAUGAAUGUUAGGAUGUUAUAUAAUUUUUAUAUAAUGCUAUUAUUUGAUUCCAA